AUGGACCCAAGUGCUUAUAAAAACUUCCCCGUUUUCUAUCUGAAGCGGAAAGAACCAGUAAGCGUGGAGAACGAGAAGUUAACGCCCAACCUAAACACCCUAGAAGAGUACAUUGAUAACUGCUUCAGCAAUUUGCCUUACCAAGAACUAACCGUAGAUAAAAAAAAAAAGUUCCAAAUCGAAAGCUUAUGUGAUUUUUUUGUUUUUUACAACUGCGAUAGGGUUAUAUGCUCCUUGGUAGAGAAACACUGUAAAAAUAAAACGCUCUCCUUUUUUAGCAACUUGUGUGAAAAAAUAGACAGUCAGUACUUUAAAAAUGGGGGUCAUUUUUUAAAUCAUUUUGUAGACACAUGGAAUAAUUUUUCGUCCGUUGUAGUUCAUUUGGACGAUUUGUUCAAGUCCUUUAAAACGUAUAAUAAAAUCGCCUGCUCCAGUUUUGAGUGCCCUUCAUACAUAUUUAAUAAUUUGUGGAAGAAGUGCAUAAAUAGGUAUGUGCUUGUGAAGAGGAUCCUCAUUCGCAGCGCUUGUGAUUAUUUAAAAUGCGACAAGGUGUUUUGUGAGAGGAAGUUUUAUCAGUACAUUUGUAUGAACAUGAACGAUGACGCUUUGGAGGGCAGGGAGAAUGAACGCGAUGAGGCUUUCCUUUCCCGUGCAGCGGUGAGAGCGGGGGGAAGUCUCGUAGGGGGUCGCAAAGAGAGCGCAGUCGGUACGGGCAGUUGCAGCGGAGAUAUCUCCACUCUGCAGAACCGUCGGAGCGGAAGUUCUAACAAGGGCAGUGGAAAUGUGAAGAAGCACUCCGUUUCGUUCAAGAUCGACGAGGGCGACAGCGGGAAAGGCUGUGACAGCGCUGGAGAGGAAGUAAAAAUAGGGGAGCCUGCAAAGGGAAGAGGCAUCAGUGAUACUGCACAUGGUGGUACGUCCUCCCAGGUUAAUACACACAUGGGGAUGGAAAAAGAGCAGAGUAACAAUUUGCAUGCGAAUAACUCUAGCAAUGGCCUCUGCGUUACUGGCGAGGGAACGAAGGAGACCCAAAUCGAUGACAAUCUCCUGUGCGCGGGCCUCAGGAUCAUAGACAUGCUGGGACUGUAUGACGAAUUUGAGCAGACGUACAAAAAGGACACACAGGAGUACUACGUGGAGAAGUUGAAGGAGCAUUUGUCGAAGGAUGGAAUUGACCCAGAGAAGGAGGAGGAUGCCCAAAUGAAGAAGCCCAACGCGAAAUGUGAGAAGCCCAACGCGAAAUGUGAGAAGCCAAGCGCGAAAUGUGAGAAGCCCAACGCGAAACGUGACCUUCCCGAGGAAAUCGAAAAUUACCUGUGCCACGAACAAAUGAGGUGUAGGAAAUUUUUAAAAGAAGAAACCGAAAUAGCCAUCUUAAAAAUGCUAAAGGAAAUGCUAAUAGUAAGAAAUAAAGAAGUACUUUUUAAAAACGUGUACCUAAAGCAUUAUAUUGAAAAUGAGAAGUAUGAUAGUCUGAGGAUGCUUUAUUUAUUUUCGCUUCACAUGAAUGACACGGAACAUUUCUGCGACAUAUUCUUCAAAGCAGUGGAGGAAAUAGGCCUUGACAUAAUAAACGAGGUGCUAAAAAAGAGAGACAAUUUGAAUACCCUCUACGAUGCUCUCAUACGGUUAGUAAAUUAUAAACUGAACAUAGAUAGAGUGAUUAUCAUCUCCUUUCGGUAUUCUUCCUUCUUUACCAACAAGUGGAAAGAAGUUUUCGAGCAUUUUCUCAACAAGGGAACCCAUGCGGAGAAUUACAUGCCAGUGAUACUCAGCAUUUAUUUGAACAAUUUGCUGAUGAUGUAUAAUACAGGCCUGAAAAAGCUCAGGAAAUAUUACAUACUAAAUAAACAGUUGAGGAGGGGAAGGAGCAGGAAAAAUAACUUACUGUUUGAAAAAAACUGGUACAGUUUUUGCAACGAAUCUGUUAUCCAGGGGGUGGAGCAGGAGAGCUCAAUUUCGACGGACAGCGAUACCAUGAUGGUGGUCAAAAAGUAUAUAAAAAAUAAAAACAGGAAGAGAAAAUUGCUGCACAGGGUGGUGCAUACCGGUGAGGAAGCUGGCCAUCGGGAUGACCAACCUGGGGAAGAUCCCAACCACAGCAGCGACAGUUGUGAUGAAGAAAUGAUACACGCUCACACGGAAAAAAUGGAAAAGCUAUUUAAAAAGUACCACGACGUAGGGAAGUACAUUAUAAACACAGUCACCAUAAUUCUAAGCCUUUUUAAAUACCUAAGUGAUAAAGAAAAAUUCGAGAAAUAUUUUCGAACUUUCAUGUGUAAACGAUUAAUAAAUGAUAAAAAUUUUAACAUCGUUUUGGAUGUGAAAGUUUUUAAAACUCUUAAAAAAGAAUGUGGUCCGCAGUUUACCAAAAAAAUUGAAACCAUACUGAAGGAUAUGAAAUUUUCAUGUAAAGGCAUGCAGGAUUUUUACAAGGAAACCUCCCACGAUGGAAUAAAAUUGCUCAAAAAAAAAAAGUACGCCGUUAACGUUAUAUAUAACGAUGUGUGGGAACACAACAAAUUAGAAGGUGAAAUAAUUUACCCCGAAGCUAUCAGGUUAUGUAAUGACUACUUUUGCAAAUAUUACGCACUUGCGAAUAAGGCAAAAAAUAUCAAGUUCCUUCCGUUAUAUGGACUAUGCACUUUGAAAGUCGAUUUUGGGAAGGUAAAAGGGAAAAAAUUUCCUUCUUCGAGUGGCUCCUCUUGGGAACGUGUAGACCAUCGUGAAGUGGGCAGUCGAGUGGGAAAGCAUACACCAUGUGGGGAAAGGGGCACCAGAGGUGCUAGCAGAAGUGGCAGGAGCGGCCCCCCAGAGGAUAAACACAAUGCUCAUAAUGAUGAGUAUUGCCAAAAUGAGAGGUUCCUUUUCACCGUAACCACUUUACAAGCAACCGUUUUGCUGCUAUUCAAUGAGAGGCCCCAAUACAGCAUAUGCGAAUUGACCAGCCUGACGGGAUUCUCCAGGGAACAUUUAAUAGAGUACUUACAAGCCAUAUACACUGGAGACGAAACGAACAUUUUGAUUUAUGACGAAGCGUAUGAAAAUUUUCAGCUAAAUGUGAACUUCCAAACGGAGAAUAAAUAUUUAGUGGUCAACUACUCAGACCAGACGUAUAAGGACAACACAGCCAUUCCUGCGUUGACACAGGACGACCUGGAGUUGGAGGACAGGAGCCUACACAUGGAUGCCUCCAUCGUGAAGUUCUUAAAAACGUGUGGAAAAGCAUCCGAGAGGGACAUUUGUGCGCAUACUCGCCAAAAAGUUAACAAUUGCACGAAUGAGCAAAUUAAAAGCAGGUUGGCCUCCCUCAUUAAUAGGGAGUUUAUUUUUUUGCAAAAUAAUAUUUACUAUUUUGAGUUGUGA